UUCUAAGGUGCCCAGGCGGGCAGCGACCCCUCGGCAUGCUCCAGGUCCUCCCUACCCCAAGCCCCGAGCCUCCCAGCGCCGUGGGAACCACCUUCUGCCAGCCGUGGCAGGCCAGCAUCCUAAGAUCGGCCUCAUACCCUUCCGGCUUUGGCCCCUUCGGCCUGAGGCUCGCGACUGGAAACUGGUAGAACUGGCCCACGGAUCUGGGGCAGUUAGCCCGUACCUCUUCCGGGACAGGAACUUGGGCCAUCUCAGUGCCGCCGCCCCAGGAUUAUCUUGGAGCCCAGGGGAGGCGCCCUCCCGAGGCCACCAUUGCUCAUGCAGACCACUCAGCCAUCUGGCUACCGAUGUCAUGAGUAACACGACAGUGCCCAAUGCCCCCCAGGCCAACAGCGACUCCAUGGUGGGCUAUGUGUUGGGGCCUUUCUUCCUCAUCACCCUGGUCGGGGUGGUGGUGGCUGUGGUAAUGUAUGUGCAGAAGAAAAAGCGUGUGGACCGGCUUCGCCAUCACCUGCUUCCCAUGUACAGCUAUGACCCUGCAGAAGAGCUCCAUGAGGCUGAGCAGGAGCUGCUGUCUGAUGUGGGUGACCCCAAGGUGGUACAUGGCUGGCAGAGCAGCUACCAACACAAGCGAAUGCCCCUGCUGGACAUCAAGACGUGACUUGCUGUCCACCCAGAUAGGUACAGGGAUGUGCAUUCUAAGAACGCCCUCAGCCAGCCCCAAGCCUACCAAGCACAGAUGGGUUUUUCCUUGUAGAGGGGGUGGCUGGGUGACAGCUUUGU